UUCCUAUCUGCGCACCUUCAAUAGGCUGACCGCUGAAAACACACACGAGCGCCGUUCGAACCGCUCCAGAGCCAAACCUGUCCCGAACCCAGCGCUCGGGCUUCCUACAGUGACCCUGCGUUAGAGAUGGCGGAGCUGAGCGCAAUACGGCAGGAACUUAGAACCAGAAAUCAGAACAGCUCUUUCGAUGACCCUCAGUGCAUUUCCCCCCAAAAAGAUGAGCAACAAAAACUGGCUGUUCCAUUCUGCGGCGGCAUACGGGGCGGGAUGCGGCCGGGGAAGAAAAUCACGAUCAUGGGCAUCAUGAACCCAGACCCGGACAGUUUUGACAUCAGUCUGACGUGCGGCUGUGGAGACGUGGCUCUGGACAUGUGUGUACAGUUUGAAGACCGUGAGAUUUUGCGGAACGCUUGCGUUUCGGAUACCUGGGGAGAAGAGGAGAGAUCAAUACCAUAUUUCCCCUUCAUCGCAGAUCAGCCUUUCAGGGUUGAGAUCCAUUGUGAGCACCCACGUUUCCGUGUGUUUGUAGACGGUCACCAGCUCUUUGACUUCUAUCAUCGAGUGACAUCGCUGACAGCGAUUGACACCAUACAGAUCAGUGGCAGUCUGACCAUCACCAAGCUCAAUUGAGGAGAACUGCAUUGAAAAUGUUUAGUGCAUCCAUUUAAAAUCAGCGUUCCCACGAGCACAACCCAUCUGUGAUCCACUUUAAACAGGAGAACAUUCUAGAAUCGCACAACUGGAUCUCUAGAAUCUAUGGAGGGAUCUAUUGUACAGAAUGGCUUUCCUGAUUUUUGUUUUGAGUAUCAAAGUUGUCAGUAGCAGUUUAGUUAAAGAAGUUAAAGUGGAGAUGACUCUAUAGAAUAGUGAUAAAACAGUCGGGUUAGACUGCACACUGUCCACAUUAAGAACAUCUUUGCUAAGAGCUAAUAACAAAGGGUUUAAAGUCACAGAAGUUUAUUUAAAUAUGCAUUUGUUGUAGCACCAUCGGUCAAUGAAACGCUAUAUGUGCUGAUAAAGAUGACAGAGAUAUAUAUGAAGAGAUACUGUAUAUGUGAGUGUACUUCCUGAAUUUGAGAAUGUAACUGUCCAGUGAAUGUGCUCAGAAGAAAACCUCAAAGAGAUGUAUUUAUUUCCAGAAUAUUUAUAAACAGAGUGAUUUUGAGAGUUAUAUGUGUAGUGAUAUUACAGCAAUAGUGAUAUUUUCUUUUAUUUAUAAUUCUACAUUAAUAUUGACUAGCGCUUGUACUUAAAAACAAAGCAUUUCUGUUUGAGAGUAGAAUCACUGAUGAUGUGUAGUAGAUGUAGGUGCUGUUGUUUCUUGAGACCAGCUUCAAAUCAUUCCAUUCAAAUGCUUUUUAAACGUUUGUGAAUAUUUAUUGUCAUCAUUGACCACACAGUGUUUCAUGUCAACAUCGACUGAAUUCACACACACUUUUUUUCCAGAUUAUUCUGUAAUUAAAUAAUGAUUUCAAAUAAAUAUGUUGGAUCGUUGAGGAGUUUUGUUUAC